CUUCUGAUUCCUUGGCUACACCCUUGAACGUGAUAUCGUAUAAUUUUUAUACUGGAUUAAAAUAUUAAAAUUCUAUCAAGAAACUUGUGGCUCUACCUAACUAAAUGUAAUUGAUACGACUGAACAGAAUUACUGUUGAAAGAAAACGCAUUUAUUUUUUACGCAGAUGUAUAGAUGGCGCUCGACCACACACGUCAACCUGGCGAGAUAUCGUGGAAUCAAGAGUUUUGCUCGUCAGUCAACUCGACCGAAUCGUAGCAACAAGAACAUCGUAAACUUUCCUGAAAAACUAGAAAUUAUGAGCGAUACAGUUGCAGAGGACGAGAUGAAAAAAAUUCGAAGUCGACAGCCCAGCCAAGACGAAGGUUCAAGAUUACUGGGUGAACCAGCGAAAAACGGAUUCUGCCAACGCAUUAAGCCUAAAGUGAGCCUGUGCUUGGGCACCACAGCACUACUGUCGUUCAUGGUGUUCCUGUUCCUCGUACCAUUCGUCGUCGAUCCAGCGGUCUCCAGGCUGAUCGCCAGGUACUCGCCAGAACCCGGUACAUGUGCACUGCAUGAACACGUGUUCGCUGCGGGUAUGAGCAAAUGCACGUGGUCGUCAUGCCGAGAAGGCUGUACUUCGGCAACCACGAGGUGUCAUCAGAUCACUGUAAACUAUUCAUUAACGCCGUACCAGCAAUACGAACAGGACCGUAUGUCUCCAAACUCACUAAAAUGGGCGGGUACGGUUGUACGUUUCCUGGUAAACACCGAAGGAUGUGGUUACCCACCGUUCGUCAACUGCUCUCUGUUCGCUUUAAAAUAUGGACACGUUGACAAGGAAGACAUUACCAAGUUCAACGGUAUUAACCAACCACAAACUAGAGAACUUUACCGGCACGGUAACACCACAGUGAUGAGCCAUAAGUCUGCAGUGAUACUCGAGCCCGGUUCAACGACUUUGUCAGUGGAGUCUAUCGAAGAAGGUGCGCAGAUAUCAACUUUAACGACGAUAAUAGACCAGCAGCAGCAACAGCAGGAGAAAGAAAUCUCCAAUGCCGAAGCCACGUUAAAAGUUUUUCCGUGCUAUUAUAGUCGAGCAUACCCGGACAGAGUAGUGGCCGACUAUGACUGGCAUCAUACUAUCAAGACAUUAGUGGCCGCCGUAUUCAUACCUUGGACAUUGUUCAUCGUUUCGUGCACGGUUCUGUGCUAUUGGUACUGCCCAGCAUUGAAACGAGAAUUCAUGAUAGACAAAAGAAAAACCACAACAGUAAAAAACGAAAAUCCGCAACAAGUGAUCAGAAGAAAGUUAUCCAAACGGCCAUUUAGCACAGAUGAAGAAGACGGCGAUUAUUGAUUGAUGGAACUACUGCUAUACUAAUUCACUUCAAUAAAUGUAUUUUCAUGCACAAAAACGAGUACUAAAUUUACAUUUCACUGGUUUGGCAUAAUUAGUUACAUAAUACUCUGCUUUGGUUUUACAAAAAUUACAGUUUCCAUCACUUCAGUCAGUGGCGUACUUGGGAUAAGUUUCAGAGCAAAAUCUGUAAAUUUUAUUUUGACAUAAUAAUGACAAAUAGUUCACUAUUCUAAAAGCAUAAAAUAUUUUAAUUAAUAUGAAACUCAAACAACAGAAUCAACUAAAAACUCUUAAGUAUAAUAAAAAUAAUCUAUUAGCAUAAAAUAUUUAUUAUCUAAUUAUAACACAAAAUGUGGUAUUGAUGUUAAAAACGAUUUAUGUUAUAAUUAAAAAUUGGAAACCGUACUAGAUAGGGACGUAGGAUAGACGAGUAGUCAUAAUAAUGAAAUUUAACUUAUAAUCACAGCUUCCACAAAACAGUGAAAAAAAGUCCCAGGAGGGGGGGGGAAUUCCCUAAUUCCCCUUCUUCAAAUACGCUACUGAUUUCAGUGUAUACUAACAUUAGUUUUCUACAUCUCUAAAUUUUUAUUUAUAUAUAUAUAUACUUGCUAAACCUACGGAAAUUAAAUUAGGUGAAGUUUUAAAUGAUUGCGUACAAUUAUUUUUAUAUAUUA